AGAUUGUUUUGGCAAUGUCUAACGUGUUGCGCUUAGCCGGGCUAAAUUCCAGAGUGCGUGAAAGCGAGUGUGGAAACAAAGAAGCAUUGUUGUUUUCUGAGCGGCAUUAUGUUAGGGGACUGCAGUGCGUGUUUUCAUCCCAUGUCAAAAGCUGGAUGCCUUUCUAUGCAUAUGGCUCAGAUUAGCGGCUGCUGGAGAGGCUUUUAUAGGGGACAUAAACUUUGGGGUUUUUCAACUCUUUUUUCUUUUCUUCCAUAAAGUGUCACACAUGUUUUCACACUGCUUUUUGUUUGUGGAUUGCUUUUUGGGCAUGAGAGAUUACUUGUUCCUUGGGGUCAAAGUGGAGUAUUGGCAAAUACACAGAAGGGACCACAAAGACGCAAGGUUUUCCAGUAUGAACCGGGCCUUUAACAGGAAAAAAGAUAAAUCCUGGAUGCACACUCCAGAAGCUCUGGCAAAGCAUUACAUACCCUACAAUGCCAAGUUUCUUGGAAACACAGAAGUUGAACAACCGAAAGGCACAGAGAUUGUUAAAGAUGCAGUUAGAAAGUUAAAGUUUCAAAGGCAUAUCAAGAAAUCAGAGGGACAGAAGACCCCAAAAGUGGAACUGCAAAUAUCCAUUUAUGGAGUAAAGAUCUUAGAUCCCAAGACAAAAGAUGUCCAAUAUAACUGCCAGUUGCAUAGGAUAUCCUUCUGUGCAGAUGACAAGACGGAUAAAAGGAUAUUCACCUUCAUCUGUAAAGACUCCGAGUCUAACAAACACCUCUGCUACGUGUUUGACAGUGAGAAAUGUGCAGAGGAGAUAACACUCACUAUUGGCCAGGCAUUCGACUUGGCCUACAAGAAGUUCCUUGAGUCUGGUGGAAAAGAUGUGGAGACACGGAAACAGAUAGGAACCUUACAGAAAAGAAUUCAAGAACUGGAAACUGAAAAUUCUGAGCUAAAGAAGCAGCUUUCGGAUCUGGAGGAGCAGUUGAUGAUUGCUCCUGUACCACCAGUAAGAACUGCAUGGACAUCCCUUCCGCUGCUGCACAUAAACUCUACUAACGAGGCCUACAUGCUCUCAAGGCCCUCCUCGCUCUUCUGGUGUCACAAUCUGACGUCCUUCUCGUGUCUUGAGAUCUCCUCGGUCACACUCACCCCUAUGAGCUCGCCAGAGUCCAACCUCUCGGCAGGGCUACUAACCCCUCCUCCGGCUAAAUCCGCUCUCCUUCCAAAGACUGCCGAUGGAUGCAGCAUCCCCCGACCUCGCGUACUGUACAACUACCUUUCUCCUCCUGCCUUUUAUUUCAUUCUUAAUUCAUGUUUUGUUUUCUAAGAUUUUCUUGAUUUAUUUUCUUGUUAACAAUAGUUCACUUUAACUCGUAUACACUGAGUGUACAAAACAUUAGGAACACCUGCUAUUUCCAUGACAGACUAACCAGGUGAAUCCAGGUGAAAUCUGUAAUCCCUUUUUGAUAUAAUUUGAUAAAUCCACGAUGUAGGGGAAGAGACCGGUUAAAGAAUUAUUUUUAAGCCUUGAGACAAUAAUGAGACAUGGAUUUUGUAUGUGUGCCAUUCAGAGGGUGAAUAGGCAAGACAAAAUACUUAAAGUGCCUUUGAACGGGGAAUGGUUGUAGGUGCCAGGCACACCGGUUUGAGUGUGUCAAGAACUGCAACGCUGCUGGGCUGUACACGAUCAACAGUUUCCCGUGUGUAUCAAUAAUGGUCCACUAUCCAAAAGACAUUCAGCCAACUUGACACAACUAUGGGAAGCAUUGGAGUCAACAUGGGCCAGCAUCCCUGUGGAACGCUUUCAACACCUUGUAGAGUCCAUGCCCCGAUGAAUUGAGGCUAUUCUGAGGGCAACGGGGGUGCAACUCAAUAUUAGGAAGAUGUUCCUAAUGUUUUGUAUGCUCAAUGUAUAAUGUAGAGUAGACAUUGCAGGUACAUAAAGUAUGCUCAUUAAUAUUUCAUCAACUUCUAAGUCUUAUCUCAAUAAGUUAGAUUUGAAGUCAGACUGUAGUUCUAAUAUAUCUUCAUAACUCUGACUUCAGAAUAUAAAAUGAGCUUCAAAACUAUUGGGACAGUCACACAUUUUUGUUUUUGCUCUGUACUUCAAUACUGUGGAUUUGAAAUGAGUCAAUGACUAGAGUUUCAGGUUUAAUUUGAAGGUAUUUUCGUCCAUAUUGGGUGAACCGUUUAGAAAUUACAGGACUUGUUGUACAUAGUCCCUCCAUUUUAGGAGAUACAAAUCCACAUAUAUGUAUUAAAGUAAUAAAAAGUUUAGUAUUUGGUCCUAUAUUCAUAGCACACAAUGACUACAUCAAGCUUGGGAAUCUACACAGUUGUUGGAUGCAUUUGCUCUUUGUUUUGGUUGUGUUUCAGAUUACUUUGUGCCCAAUAUAAAUGAAUGAUAAAUAAUGUAUUGUGUCAUUUUGGAGUCACUUUUAUUGUAAAUAAGAAUAUAAUAUGUUUGUAAAGACUUGCACGUUAAUGUGGAUGCUACCAUGAUUACGGAUAAUCCUGAAUAAAUCGUGAAUAAUGAUGAGUGAGAAAGUUACCGACGCACAAAUAUCAUACCA